AAGAAAGGACACCUUAGGAGAUCAGGGGGAGGGCCAGGAAAGGGCCUGACAAAAAGAGGGGAAGAGAGGGGAGGGUAAAAGAAGAGGAGAGGUGACAGUGUCAAGGUAGAACGAUACGAUUUUAGAAGAGAGCAGGUGGAAAAUCUACUAACGGAAUAACAGCAUUGUCCUUAAACUUGAAAAAGAGGGAAAACGGCAAGGGCAAGCAUCAGUAAAGAGGCAAAGAGGCUGCGUUAAAUGCAAAAAGUAUUGUGAGAAGUAUUGUCAUCCAGAGCCAGUUGUUAAGUGUGAAGGGUGAUGGCACCUCAGGUCGUCAGCUCACUCUUCCUGAAGCCUUUCUUUCUGAAGACACCACUAAGCGUUGCCAGCCCUCGACGCCAGCGACGACACACAUUACCUGCUAGUGAGUUCCGUAAUCUCACGCCGCAGGACGCCAUCAGUGUAUUUGAGAUAGAAAGAGAAGCUUUUGUCUCUGUUUCUGGAGAAUGUCCACUCACCCUUGAUGAGGUCCUCAUUUUCCUGGGCCAGUGUCCUGAACUCUCUCUGGGUUGGUUUGAAGAGGGUCAGCUGGUGGCCUUCAUCAUUGGAUCUGGCUGGGACAAAGAGAAACUUGAACAGGAGGCCCUGACUACACAUGUCCCUGACUCUCCAGCAGUACACAUCCAUGUGUUGUCUGUACACCGCCACUGUCGGCAGCAGGGCAAGGGCUCCAUCCUGCUUUGGCGUUAUCUGCAGUACCUGCGCUGUCUGCCGGGCCUGCGCAGGGCCCUGCUGGUCUGCGAGGAGUUCCUGGUGCCCUUCUACCAGAAAGCUGGCUUCAAGGAGAAGGGUUCCUCUGCCAUCAAUGUGGGGGCCUUAACCUUCACAGAGAUGGAGCAUCAACUGGGAGGUCAAGCCUAUGCACGACGGAACAGUGAAUGUUAGAUGCUUUAUGUUAAGGCACAUCAGAUUCUGAUAAAGGACGUUGUGCUUAGAUUCUGGACUCAGAGUCAAGGACUCAAAGCCCUACAUCCAUCUAAGCAAGGAACCAGAGACUUAGCUAUGCACUCAUUUUAAGAGAUGGAAGCACUAACACUCUGGCUAUACAAAGGCUGGAAAGGAUACCAGUGUUGGUUAUUUACAGAAUUUAGGACUGCAUAAUGACUUGUGUACUGCCCAAGAUGUAUUUCAUGCUUUACUGGUUGAAAAACAGCAGUUGUUUAUAAUAGGAAGACAUUUAUUAUUUCCUUUUUACUUGCGGAAGAAACCAUACCAUAAUCACCAAAAAAGUGAAACAUAAAAAAAUUAAUUCUUCUGGCAAAAGUUAUCCAUGCAAAUAUUCAACCAUUCAAAAAGUGACCAGGAUCUUAUAUAAUUCCUAUACAAGUUUUGAGAUAUUGUCAAAUAAUUUUAUUUUUUAUAACUUUAACCCUUAGAUACCCCUGGAUAGUAGUGAAAUGUUGAAUAAUGUUAAAAUAAAAUCAUGUGACCAUGUGUUUUGAAAUGCAAACUCUGUGUACAUCGUAUGAACUUGAUGUUUCAUGCAAUGUAAACUUAAAUUAGAAUAUCCGUCAACUUUAUAUGUGGCAUUAAUCAUAUAAUAUGUAUCUAAUCAAUAAAAGCCAAUUUAAUUACAAAUCUUUAUUCUUUCAAUGUGCAUUUUAUAUGCACAGCAGUGAGAAGGCUUCAUUUCUGUGAGUUUUUGGAUAUAAGCACAGCUUUUAAGCUUAUUUUCUCCAUUAGGUACCAUCCUAAUAAUUCUGUUAAUUUCAGGGCUCCCACACCAUUUUAACAAAUUAAUUUGUAUUAUUUUUAACCUCCUGAGACCAGAGCGUGACUGCUGUGUGCAUUUUCUAUUUACCUUUUUGAUUUAGUACUGAACUAGUAGCACCUAAUAAACAAAAAAAAAAAAAAAAGCUUUUUCUUGAGCAAAUAGUUUUCCUAAAAAUUGAUGUCCUCAUAUGUGUACAGCAGGACUAAGUUGUGAGAUUUUGAAUAAUACCAAGCUAUAGAAAGUCAGAUUUCAUCAAAUUGCUCAUGUUUCCAGGAGUGUUGGUUAUUUGUGUUUUUGAGACGUUACAGACAUUACGUCAGAAAUUUGCAUAAUUAAUUCUGAUUCAAAGUAAUUGCCAACAUCAUCCAGUCACUUUAUAAUACAUUGUAAAGUCUCGGUCUAUGUACUGAUUAGCAUUGUCCCAUGUCUGCUAUGUUGAGUGGUCCAAUCAUCAUCUGCAGCCUGAAAUUGAACUUUUGACCGGAUUUUAGGAGGGAAUGCACUUAGCUGCAUAGGAAAACGGUAGGAUGCUCCCUUGCGCCCUAUUUAGUGAAUGACUUAACCUCCAGUAUGCUGAUGUCUGCACUGGUCUCAGAACAGUUCGAAAUGUACUUUAUUUUCAUCCUACCUCCAUAUAAAGCCACUGAAAGAAAACAUUUUCAGCUUUUGGAUGAACCUAGUUAUUCUCAAUGCACAGUAAAUAUAGGAUUUCUAAGGAAAAAGCACUAAAGUACACAUUAGUGUACAUUGUGUUUAACAGCGUCGCAUUUCACGAUAAAUUGCUUAAAUUUUAAGAAUGGCAUGUUGGAUGAAACUAGAUACUCUAAUCUUUCAACUCAAACAGGUUUCAAUGUAAAAACAUAAUUAGGUUUCUUACAGAUGUAAUUUUGUGGUUGUUUAUCCCAAAGACAAACUCUGCUGUGGUCAGCACCAUGUUGUUUUGUCACAUGAAUGUUUAACCUUUUAUUGACUGCACAGAGUCUUCUGUACUGGUGAUCAGUUGGUUUAAAUGAAUUUAAAUGAUGCGUUGUGUAUAGUGAAGCCAAAAUACAACAUCCACACAUUUACGCAGGGUAGCACGGGGUUAAAUUAUUAUUAUUAUUAUUAUUUUAUAUUCCCUUAUAUUUCCAGGUUUUCUAUGACUGUAGGAACCCUGUACUUUGUUCCAAACUGCACUGUAAAAACUGGUAACCUGUGAUUGUUACUUCAAGGAUCAAUUUCUACUUCAGUUAAACCAUAAACGUCACUUUCGUUGGUGUAACCUAAUUUGUCAGG